AUGAUCAGUGCUUUUAAUUUUCUUUGUUUUCCUUCCCUUAAUGGUGGGUUCUCCUUUAAGAGAACUUCCACCAAGUCUACUUUCUUGUUUUAUAUGGCUAUUUUCACAGGUAUUUAUGGUCCGAAAGGCAUUGAAGUGCCCAAUCCCAUACAGUCCAUAUGCACAAGAUGGGGCACUGAUCCCCUAUCUUAUGGCUCAUACUCUCAUGUCAGAACAAAGUCCUCUGGCAGCGAUUAUGAUAUACUUGCAGAAAGUGUGGGAGACCGGCUAUUCUUUGCUGGGGAGGCCACGAAUCGGCAUCACCCUGCCACCAUGCAUGGUGCCUACUUGAGUGGCCUAAGAGAAGCUUCAUGCAUUUUACGAGCCAUCAGGGGUCGGCAAAGUUGUCCGAGGAAGUGGAUACAAAAAAAUACUGGGCCUAACAGUGAUAUGCUUGUCGAUUUGUUCAAGAAGCCUGAUAUGUCAUUUGGGCAGUUUUUGUUCGUAUUUGAUCCUUUGACAGAAGAUCCGAAAUCAAUGGGGCUUAUGAGAGUUACUUUUCACUUCCAAAAUUUCGAUAGUGAACAGUUUCACAAAAAGGAAACAGAGAACAAUUUUGAACAUAACUUGAACCAACCAGUGCAACUUUAUGCAGUCUUAUCCCGUGAACAGGCAGAUGGAUUGCAGUUGGUGACUGGACGAAAUGAGAGAAAACUAACAUAUUUGUUGAAGAAUUUUGGCUUGAAGCUAAUGGGAGCUAAUGCUUUAGUACUCUUAGGCAACUCUUUAAUUGCUAACAUUGCCAAUGCACGAAGAGGCAGGGGUCGGACUAGCAUUUCUUUUGGGCAACAAAGUGCUUUAUAG